AUGGCAACGGCUGCGCCUGCGCCUGCGCAUGCGAAGACGGAGGGAUUGGGACUCGGUGGCAUACUGUUGCCGCAGGAGCUGGGCGGGUCUGGCAUGACCGAAGUGACCAGUUUCCAGAAUCAGAACCUGCGAAGGUCUUCCAAGCAGCGCGUCCGGCAUUCACCUUCGCUCUCUUCUCCUCCGUCCCUCGCUCCUUUCGCCAACUCCCUCGGCUCAAAGUCCUCAGCGACCUCCCUCUCCGCAUCCGUACCGACUGCAACCCGGUCACGGAAGAGCGCAUCUUUCCACCACCUCUCAGGAGACGUCAUCUCGUAUCCGGUCAUCUCGCGAGUCGACGCCGCAUCCACCUACAUCCCGCCUGCGACUGUUCCUCCUAUACCCGCCGACGCCAAAUCAUCAGCACGAGAUCCUGGGCCGCUGUCUGCCCCGACGGCGCCCGCACCGUCUGCCGAAGCGAAGCGGAAGAUCAGCAAGAGUCGUCCCCCGCCGAUCAAGGUCAGCAACUCGACACACUCGUCGUUCUUGAGCCCGUUCCGCAGCAGGUUUGGCAAGGAGAAGGAGACGACGCCGGAGAAGGAGAAGGGCGAGAAGGAGUCGAAAGAGGAGCAGGGCAGGCGGAGCAAGGUGGAUUCGCUCAUUGCACAGAACCAGGCUGCCAUCGAUAAUGCCCUCCCCUCAUUCGCGCCAUCUCAGUCGGCCUCCUCAGCCUACCCCGAUGAGAUUGUCGACAUCUCGCUCGCGCCGCAAACGCAACCGUCCACUUCCGCACCUCCCUCCCAGACAGCACACUACGCGUCUAUCGAAGCGAGCGUCCUCGACGCCUACCUCGAGCAGGAUUCGCCUUCUCGACCUCCUUCUCCGCCCGCCCAACCUUCACGUCGUGCUCAUCGUCGCGCAACAUCCGAAGAGUCGCCCUCGAUCGUCCAGAAUGCGUUUACCCGCGUCGAUGGCGGGACUCUGGCGUCUCGACCUCGGACGAUGUACACCUCUUCUUCAACCACGACCCCCGCUGCGACAACCGCAAGCAGCUGGGCGCGGCGACCCUCGAGGGUUUCCCCUCCUCCUUCGCAUGCCGCGAAGCUCGAGAACCCCGGAUUUGCCAGCUCGGCAGGCUUGAAGAGCCGCGAGCGGAGGCAGAAGAGCGUGUCAAGCGCGGCGGGACAGGCGAGAACCGACGAUGCCUUCUUCGCGCCCUCGACGCCCUCGGUCUCGAGUCGCCGUCCUUCCGCGGCUGUGUCUACGCGGACGGUCGAUGGAGGGAAUUCAAUCGGGAUCAGCGUGCGGGAAGGAUACAGCGCACAGAGGGAGAUAGGUCGGGCGGUGCUGGUGCCGGAAGAAGGCUUGACAGUCAGCUUGCGAGGAUACACGCGGCCAGAGGAGGUGGAAGUGAGCUGGGUGUGCGUUCCAUCGGUCGACGAGGGCGGGCGGAGUUACACGACUUGGGAGAUGCGACUGCGACCUCGACCCGCUGCUUCAUCGUUCGCCAUUCCACCCCUGCCAGCAACGCCGACGCUUCCAGCCAAAGCAACGCCCGUACGUGCUCGGACACCUAGCACGACGGCCGCGACGUUCCUCAACUACCGCAUGAGCGGCUCGUCGUCCAGCACUCUUCCUCCUCCGCCUCCGGCCGACUUGUCCGGCAUGUACCCGCCGACUUCGACUGCCGGCCCCAGCAGCGAUCGGUUCGGGGCGUCGGAGGGUCCUGCCGAACCACCUCUUCCGCCUCGCAAACUCUCGAACAGGUCGGAGGGCUCUUCUCAGGGCGGCUCGAUGUCGUCCGAGUCGUCGAUGAUGACUACGCCGUCGACACCUCGACGCGGCAAACUCUCCGUUUCGUCCGUCGCGACAUCCAUCAUGGACUCGCACCCGCCUUUCGACCUCGAAGCGCUCGUCUCGAAACCAUCGUUCUCGUCCGACCUCCUCGGCGCCGUCGAGCAAGGCGAUCUUCCCUCGUCACGCCAACGUACGAGCCGUCUCUCGUCGUACGCCCCUGGUACGGAGCCUUUCCAGCGCAACCGCCAAUUCUCGAUCGACGAGGAGGGCAUCAUGAACCGCGCCGUCUCCUUCUCCGUCGGUCCAGGCGUCGCACACAAGCCCAAGAGUCCGCGCCACCACCGCUUCGGCUGCUACAUUCCGCCCGUCGUUCAGUCGGGCGGCGCAGACUUCGCGCAGUUGGCGGCCGAGGCAAAGCGGAGGAGUCAGACUGCCCCUGGGAACAGCCAGGUCGUCGAAGGCGUCGAGGAGGAGAUCGCGUCUCCGGCUUCGCCUGCGCAGAAGGUGCGGAAGGCGUCCAUGUUCGCGCCCGGUGGGCAGACGAGCGAGUCGGAUUCGGACGUCGCCGGCUCGAAGGGCUUCUUCGCCUCGAGGUCCAGUAGGAGGAAGGGCUCGCUCACGGCUCCGACGGGAUUGAGCUUCGCCGAUAUGCCGCCCGCGGCUGGACAGACCAAGGCGAAGAACCCGUCACCGUUGCGGAUGCUCCAGCAGGGCGACCUCUUCGACCACGACCUGAAGACGCCGACAACGCCAGGCUUUUCGCUUCCGGCGCUCGCGGCUUCAGCUUCAAUCGUGCCACCUCCUACUAUUCCCCUGCCAGGACUACCCGCGGACCGGUCGUCGACUGCGUCGAAUACCUCCACGACAUCCGACUCGUCUUUCGCAGGCGUCGGCGGCGACAUCUCAGACUCCGAGGUCGACGAUGUCGAGAGCGCGUCGAUCAGGCUCGUCGAGGCGCGGCAGGGCAAGCGCAUGUUGAGCAGGUGGAGCGAUACGGAGGAUGGCGAGGACGAAGAGGCCACGACGAGCUGGGGCAGACUGCCGGACGCAGCAACGGAUUAA